AUGUGCCAUCAACUGACAAGUUUAGAAUUGAUGUCAAAUACAUUAAUAAGUGAUACAGAAAUUUGUGUGUUUAUACAUACUACUGGUCUUAACCUAAAGCAUCUAAAUUUGUCAGAUACAAGUGUUGGCAAUAGAACAGUUCGAAAAAUAUUGACAACAUGUUCAAAAUUAGAAACAUUGGAUCUAUCAAGUUAUAAUGGUGUCACCACCGAGGCAUUUGAUCCUAGUGAUUUGCAAUGUAAAGCUACUGGAGUUGCUUCAAUUAAUUUAUCUGGAUGUGAAAUGGUAGAAUAUUCAGUAAUUAAUUAUUUGGUUGGAUUAUUCCCAAAGAUCAUCCAACAUGAUCUGAAAUGUAAUUCAGUAAUCACACCAGAAGUAUUUUCAAAAUUAACUAAUUAUCCUGAAUUGAAAAGAUUAAGUCAUGCAAAAACUUGGAUUGAUGAUGGUGUAACAUUCUUGUGUAAAUCAAGAUUAUCCAAAAAAUUAGAAGAAAUUGAUUUUCAUGAAAAUUCAAAUAUAACAGAUAAAUCUGAGAAUUAUGGGAAAUUUUUUUGUCAAUUUGAGAUUGAACUUGUAUUAAAUGGAUGUAAUAAUGUUCCACCAGAUGCUAAUGAUCUUUCAAGAAAAUUAUUAAGUUUAAACGGGGGAAAAGUUUUUUACGAAUUUCGUGAACGAUAA